AUGAAGAGUCACAGGGUGAAAAAGCAAAAUGGAAUCAGAGAAGAAAAGAAAAGAGGUAAACAUGAAACGCAGAUACGUUCCCCCAUAUUUGGAGGUGCAGCUCUACAGCGAACCAAGCGGUCUGGCCUAGAAGCUGUCAAACUUCAUCUGCAAUCUACUGGUGCCACGGGAAGAACAUCGCGUUCAGCUACAUCAGUAAGAUCAUCAUGAUUUCAAUUGAAAUCCGUUAUUCGAUAUUCAAAUAACGUUCGAAAAACGAGUAUCCGAAUGACAGCUAUAAAAGAAUACCCCUUCGACCUAAGCGAUCUUCAAAACCCACACAGAGGCGAACAUUCACCUCCUCCACACUACAAUGAGUUGCCUCCUGCCACAACAAACAUAGCAACACCGGAUGGCAAAAGAAAAGUCUCUAUAAUGGCUGAUGAAAAAAGUAAAGAUAAAUCUACAUCUGAGAGCAGGAAUGGCAGAAUUUCAGCGCAAGCAGAAGGGCCGUCCCGGCGCAAGAGCAACUUACACAAUGCCAUGGCGGCUGAAAUGGAUUCCUCGUGGGAGAGGCCGGCUCACAUCGAAGGUAGAUACAAAAAAUACUCAACAACAUCAUCAGUUUAUUCCAAGAAGGCCCAUUCACACCACAGUGAACAUAUAGAGAGGUCCUGGUGGUACGCUUGUUGUCAAAAGUGUCACAGUGACGAUUCCGGAAUUCCGUCUUGGGAGCCACCGCACUGGCAAAAAAUUUGCCCCUACCCAUUAUGCCCGUCUUACAGGCAUUUUGCUCAAAAUCUAUCAGUAUUAAUAAUCGGUAUUUUAGUAUGGUUGAUCGUGUGGAUAAUAAUAGGAGACACGGCUGCACCAGGUGGGCAGUUGUUCAUGCUAGCUGCACUAACCAUAGCAGCAAACUUCGGCGGUUGGCUCAUGGUGAAAUUGACAACGUUACCAGCUCUCAUUGGAAUGCUGUUUACAGGAGUGAUUUUGAAGAACAUUGGAUUUGUUAGUUUUAAUGCAGAAUACCUACAUGUAUGCUCAAUUAUAAGAAAAAUAGCUUUAACAAUUAUUUUAACCAGAGCAGGAUUAGAUCUGGACCCAGUGGCUAUGAAGAAAUGUUUCUUUUCUGUCAUAAAACUGGCAGUUGUGCCAUGGACGUUUGAAUUCAUCUUGUGUGCAGUUAUGUCCAACCUUCUUCUUGGUUUACCUUGGGACUGGGCUUUUCUACUUGGUUCUGUGGUAGCCGCUGUAUCUCCAGCGGUAGUUGUACCAUGUCUUUUUCGACUAAGAAGUAAAGGAUAUGGUGUAUCCAAGGGAAUACCGACACUGGUUCUGGCUGUUUCUGGUGUUGACGAUGCCAUCAGUGUGGCUAUUUUUGGAAUACUAGCAUCUAUUAUGUUUUCAAGCUCCUCCGUGACCAUGAAUAUUAUACAGGGUCCACUUAGCGUUGUUCUUGGAAUAGCUUUUGGGAUUCUCUGCGGAUAUCUUGUCAAGUAUAUCCCUGAACGAAACGAUGCCUUCUUGGUGCCUCUUCGCGUUCUAUUGUUACUGGCGGGAGGUAUCGCGUUCAUAUUUGGAUCCGAUGAAAUCGGUUGGGGUGGAGCUGGUCCUAUGGCAGUCAUAUCAUUUUCAUACGUAGCUUGUAAAAACUGGUCUGAGCAAGGAUGGGAGUUAGAAGACAAUCCUGUGGCCACGGCUAAUGAGAUCUUCUGGAUGUUUUUCGAACCUAUGUUGUUUUCCAUCACAGGCGCUCAAGUUGUGAUCGCUGAAUUGCCACCAAAUCUAGUAUUAGUAGGAGUUGGUAUACUCAUAACGUGUGCCAUCCUAAGAGCCAUAGUGACAAGUAUAAGUGCAGUGCGCAGUAAUUUAAAUAUGAAGGAGAAAAUAUUCGUUGGUCUGCUGCCUCUGGCGACUGUACCUUUGGACGAAAUACGCAAACUUGCUGGAAACGGUCAACCCUCUGAAGAUGUACUGUAUUACGCUGAAACAAUUGUCACCAUAUGCAUCUUGUCAAUUGUACUAACUGCUCCACUGGGUGCUAUUAUUAUCACAAUUACGGGUCCUAGACUUCUUUCGAAGACAACAAAACCGCCUGUGUUGGAAGGUUGGCGACGUUCACAUAGGCCCUCUAUCCGUGACAUAUCCAUUAUCGACGAAGAAGAGAUAGCGGAGCGUGAUGCUGAAAUCAGCGGGGAGAUGCAUCAAUCACCACCCAGUAGCCCAGAUCCCACGUCGAAGUCUCCGACCGCGUUCAGUACUCCGAAUGCAAUCACUGUUCAACCGAAUAAUCGCUCGUCGUAG